AUGGUGAAAUGUGUCGUGGCGAUUUCGGGGAAGCGAAAGUCAGGAAAAGAUUAUUGCACACGGAUUCUAAAGCAAGAAUUGGAAAAAUUGUUUGUGCGGACGGCAGUAACUGGAAUCUCGAACAGUCUGAAAAUGGAAUUCGCGAAAAUUCAUAGUACCAAUUCGAAAAGUCAAAGAGGAAACCGGAAAUCGUGUCGUUUCAGGGCUCGAUUACGCGGAACUGCUGUCAGAUGGGCCGUACAAAGAGCAAUAUCGGAAAGAAAUGAUAAAAUGGGGAGAAGAUGUGAGGAGCAGAGACUCCGGACUGUUUUGCAGGUUCCUUCCGCCUAUUUUUGGUGUAAUUUUACUAUUUCUCAGAGCUGCGAUUGAUCCGUUUGUCGACAAUGAAGUCGUCAUCGUUUCGGACUGCCGACGGCCUUCUGAUUACGAGUUUUUCACAUCCAACCAUCCCACGCUGACAAUUCGCGUCGAGACCAGCGAGGAAAAUCGUCGCGAGCGGGGAUUCCGAUUUGUAGAAGGCGUCGACGACGGAGAAUCCGAAUGCUCACUCGACGGAUACGCGUUCGAUGAGAUUCUGAAGAAUAUAACCGGAGAAGAUCUCAGCAUACAAAUCGGGCAGAUAAUUGCACGGAUUCUGAAUAUUUCAGAUUUGGACAAGUGUCAUGUAAUGAAGAAUUGA